CAGCUGGUGAGCAGCGGAUGAACAGCAUGGAGAUUUCCUCAUAACCAGAGUCGGUUUAUCUCCAGCUUUAUUAUACAGCCCGAGUGUUAAAGUAGUUGGAUGAGAGCUCGGUCGGGGUAGGAGAUGGAGUGGAGUGUGUGUAGCAGGGCUCUGGUGUGGUGCAUUUGUACGGCGCUUUUCUGGAGCCUGUUUUUAACGGGCCAGUGCAGUGGAAGCAGUGUCUCCCUGCCUGAGAGUUUACUCUUCGUGUCCACACUGGAUGGGAAUCUGCACGCCGUUAGCAAACGUUCUGGCUCAAUUAAGUGGACACUGAAGGAAGAUCCAGUUCUUCAGGUCCCAACCCACAUGGCUGAACCUGCGUUUCUUCCAGACCCUAACGAUGGCAGUCUGUACUCACUGGGAGGGAAGAACAAUGAGGGACUGAUGAAAUUGCCCUUUACCAUCCCUGAACUUGUCCAGGCUUCACCUUGCCGCAGUUCUGAUGGGAUCCUUUACAUGGGUAAGAAGCAGGAUGUGUGGUAUGUGGUAGAUCUGCUGACAGGAGAGAAGCAGCAGACUCUAACAUCAUCUUUUGCUGAGACAUUAUGUCCAUCAUCGUCUUUGCUGUACUUGGGUCGCACAGAGUACACCAUCACCAUGUACGACACCAAGAGCCGAGAAUUACGGUGGAACGCCACUUACUCAGACUACGCCUCCACACUUCCAGAUGAUGACACCAAAUACAAAAUGGCUCAUUUUGUGUCGAACGGUGACGGCUUGGUGGUGACGGUGGACAGCGAGACAGGUGCCGUGCAGUGGGUGCAGAACUACGACUCGCCCGUGGUGGCUGUUUAUAUGUGGCAGCGCGAAGGCCUGCGCAAGGUGCCGCACACCAACGUGGCCGUGGAGACACUGCGCUAUCUCACAUUUACCUCGGGCCAAGUGGGUCGCAUCACACAGUGGAAGUAUCCCUUCCCCCAAGAGAGAAAACCUGAAGAUAAGCUUAUGUCUACUCUCUACGUGGGCAAGUACUCCACCAGCCUGUAUGCGUCUCCUUCCCUAGUGCAUGAUGGAGUUACUGUUGUGCCACGUGGUAGCACGUUUCCAAUGCUGGAAGGUCCCAGUAGCCAGGAGGCCAGUGUGAGCGAGGACCAGGAGUGUGUCAUCACCCCCAGCACCAGUGUCAAGUUUAAUGCAGCGUUAAAAGAACGAAGUCAUGUUAAUUACAUGAGGAACUACUUCCUACUAAUAGGUCAUCAUGAGACGCCGCCUGAAGCUCAUAAGAAGAUUCUGGAAAAAUUUCCUGAAAGCAUUCCUCGUCAGCACAGCAAUGUCAUCCCUCCCACCUCAGAGCAAACGAUUGAGGAGCAGAAGGUGAAUGAAAGUGGGAUGGAGGAUAGCAGCCCCCUGCCUCCUCCUGUGCAUUCUCUGCAGGAAAAGCAGACGCGCCCUCCCCGCACAGAAGCACCCGUGGACUCCAUGCUUAAGGACAUGGCCACCAUCAUCUUCAGCACAUUUCUGUUGGCUGGCUGGGUGGCCUUCAUCAUUACAUAUCCCAAGAGCAUGCAGAAGCAGCAGCAGCAGCAGCACCAGGAGUUUCAGCGGCAGAUGGAGGAGAAGCUGGAGCUCUUACAGCGACAGCAGAUGCUCUUUCAGCCGCCCACCGACCUUCUGCCUGAUCCCGACUUUCUUGAAGCAGCACAUGCCCGCACCGAGAGCUCUGCUCCCAGCAGUGCUAAUGCCACGCCACGCGCCUCCAACCACUCCAACCUCUCUCAUUCUGAGCCGGGGGGCUCGGCCGCUGAGCAUGAAGAUGGAGAGGACGAUUCCAACACUGUGAGGGUUGGAAACAUCAUUUUCAACCCUAGAGAUGUUCUGGGACAUGGUGCAGAAGGGACCAUUGUGUACAGGGGACAGUUCGAUAACAGACAAGUAGCAGUUAAGAGAAUUCUCCCAGAAUGCUUCAGCUUUGCAGAUCGGGAGGUGCAGCUGUUGCGCGAGUCUGACGAACAUCCCAAUGUCAUUCGCUACUUCUGCACUGAGCGUGACCGGCAGUUCCAGUACAUCGCCAUCGAGUUGUGCAGUGCCACUUUACAGGAGUAUGUGGAGCAGAAGGAUUUUAAUCGCCAUGGUCUGGAACCUGUGAGCCUGCUGCAGCAGACGAUGUCUGGACUGGCACAUCUACAUUCACUUAAUAUAGUUCACCGAGACUUGAAGCCACACAACAUUCUUGUGUCGAUGCCAAAUGCCCACGGACGUGUGCGGGCAAUGAUCUCAGACUUUGGUCUGUGUAAGAAGCUAGCCGUGGGCAGACACAGCUUUAGCAGACGCUCUGGUGUUCCAGGCACUGAGGGCUGGAUUGCACCUGAAGUGCUCAGUGAAGAUGUCAAGCAGAAUCCUACUUGUAAAGUGGACAUCUUUUCUGCUGGCUGUGUGUUUUAUUACGUGGUGUCGCAAGGCUGUCACCCAUUCGGAAAGUCUCUCCAACGGCAGGCCAACAUCCUUCUUGGUGCCUAUUCCUUGGUCGUCUUGCAGCCAGACAAGCACGAAGACAUUGUAGCAAUGAACCUGAUAGAACAGAUGCUCAAUAUGGAUCCUGAAAACAGGCCGUCAGCUGAAAGAGUGCUCAAACACCCCUUUUUCUGGAGCCUGGAAAAACAGCUCCAGUUCUUUCAGGACGUGAGUGAUAGGAUCGAGAAGGAGCCACUAGAUGGACCUAUUGUAAGGCGACUGGAAAGAGGAGGGCGAGCUGUGGUGAAAGGAGAUUGGAGGGAACAUAUCACAGUGCCUCUACAAACAGAUCUUCGCAAAUUUCGCUCAUACAAAGGAGGAUCUGUUCGGGAUCUUCUGCGUGCUAUGAGAAAUAAGAAGCACCAUUACCGUGAGUUACCUGUGGAGGUCCAGGAGACACUGGGCUCUAUUCCGGACGACUUCGUCUUCUACUUCACAUCCCGCUUCCCCCAGCUGCUGCUCCACACACACACGGCCAUGUGCGUGUGCACCUGUGAGCGCCCCUUCCUGCCCUAUUAUCACAGCUCAGAAAUGCCUUUACGGACUAUUAACACACAGAUUGAACCCAAACCCCCAGAGCCAUCGUCAUCCAUACGUUUAGAACACACAGAACAGUCCGCAAACACAGAACUGUCCCCACCUUCUGAUGUUCCAGUACUGCCUGAACCUACUGAGCAUGUGCAGAAGGGCCCGUGUGCCUUGUCCAUUCCAUCCAGACAGGAGGAUGCGAUUCAGUUGCAAUGCUAGACUCUGGGAAAUGCAUUUUUGCCAUUAUGAAUGGACACAUUCCAGGAUGGGCAUCUCUAAGUUGGCAUGGUGUGGGCCUGCAGUGCCCAUGCUGUGUCUUUUAUAGGUGAUUCCGUCUCAUCUCAAGUGCCUUACUUAUUUUAGACUCUUUUUAGAGCUGGUUCAGGUGAAGCUAGCCUAAUUUCAUUUAGUUUGGACCAUGAUGUUUUUUUAAUCAUUAUUUUAUAUUAUUUUAUACGACUCUUUUGUGAAGGUUAAAUACUGUGAUGCUUGCACACACAAGGAUUAUUUGGGGAGAAAUACUUAAUGUAGUCAAGCGUGAUUCAACUCUGCAGUAUCAGUGAUGCUCAGUUUGCUGAAUAUAUAUUUUUGUACAUACUGUAAUUGGUGAUAAUCAGACAGUGUGGUUGGUGUGCCUUAAACUGCACCACAGUGAAGACUCGGCGUCAUUGUGUUUCUGCCUGCUGUUAAUCACACUUGUACUCAACAGGGAUUUUUCUGUUCUGUAAUUAUACACAUUAUAGUAUGCAUUACACCUUUUAUUUUCAUUGAUUUAUUAUGGGUUUUUAUUAAUUUUGAAUUGUUGGCACAUUGUGUAACUGGCUGUUGAGGUCUGUAGAAUACUUGACAUGUUAAAUUGUUUAAGCACAAUUAUUACCUUUAAAGAAUUCAGAUAAAAUGUCAGAGCUUAAGCCACCUUCUCCCUCCAUCAGUAAACUAACACAUUAUGGGCUCCUUUUAAAGCACAGAUUAAACCGUAAUUAUUUAUAGAUAACAUGCAAUGUUUUUAAUGCAUUAAAUGAAAAUGCCACCAUACCUUAAAUUAUGACUAUUUAUGCAAGACAAAAUGUUUUACACAUUAAUUUAUUUUACUUUCCACAAGUUGAAGAAAAUUCAUUGAAGAAAAUGAUUUUUUUAUUGAUAUGCUGCUGCUGCUGUACAAUGCCAAACUUUAUAAAAUAAAGCAUUACUAUCUGA